CUUGUUUACGAAUUUACGUGUACCAACAACUCUUUAUUUUGGGCAUGUAUAAAAAACAAUCAAAAUAUCAGAUUUUUUUCUGGUACCAAAAACGUGUGCGUUCACCUUCGUGUAAACUCGUUAGGGUUUGCUCGAGCUUCAACAAAUCUUUCUUCUUAAUCCCUCUCCAAUAUUUUUUUCCCCAGCAAUUGAAUUCGCUAAACACUUGAUCAUAUCACGACAUUGAUUAUCCCCAAUUCAAUUCGAAAGAUUUCUAUCUAGAGUCGCAACCUAGCUGAAUCCAAAAUUUCCGGAUUUUUUUCCCCAAGUGUUGUUGAAUUUACAUUCAAAUUUCGUCAAUCAAGAUGCCGAAUUUCCUGUCCACAUUGAAAACAGUUGCAAGGAGCAGAUUGCUGCGACAUAACAAUGUAAAACCAUUUAUUCGACAUCGGAGUCGGACAUUUGAUGCCGGGGAGAUUGGAAAUUAUGUUCCAGUACGAUGUAUGAGCAGCAUUGCUGGAAUUGAUUGUUUUUCUUCUAGGAAUUUGAUUCAUCGUCCUACGAAUUCGUUCAAUUUUAGUGAGAAUUUGCAGAAGAGGGGGUUUAUGGGAGUUGGAGAUGGUGAAGAAGGAAAUGCUCUAUCUAAGGUUCAUGAGGAAAACAUUAUCAUUGGGUACUCCCCUGAGCAACUGUUUGCUGUCGUUGCAGCUGUAGAUAUGUAUGAAGGUUUCUUACCUUGGUGUCAAAGAUCAGAAAUAAUUCGGCAUCAUCCUGAUGGAUCAUUUGAUGCUGAAUUAGAAAUUGGUUUUAAAUUUCUAAUUGAGAGUUAUGUUUCCCAUGUAGUAUUGAACAAGCCAAAGUACAUUAAGACCACUGCAUCUGAAAGCAACCUUUUUGAACACUUGAUCAACGUAUGGGAAUUUAGGCCAGGACCAACUCCAGAAACAUGUAACCUUUAUUUCUUGGUUGAUUUCAAGUUCCGUUCACCUCUUUACCGGCAGGUGGCAUCAAUGUUCUUUAGGGAGGUGGCCACUCGAUUAGUCAGUUCAUUCAUUGACCGCUGCCGUUUGAUAUAUGGGCCAGGGGCAACUAUUGAGCAAAAUGCAUAGGAUUUUGGAGUAAACUUGCCCCUCGUGAUAAGUCAGCUCUAGGUCAUCUCUGGAAAUAUAGUUGCAUCAAGUGAAACUUUUAGGAGGCUUAAUGCAUGAAGUUGUAACCCUGCAUCUCAUUCUUUAGAAUUUUGUUAGUCACAAAAUUGUUUCUUGAAGUAUUAUGGAAUUAUUCUAAAAAUAUGAGGUUCAAAAUCGAAGCUUGUUAGUUGUUCAAA